GCGGGCGAGGAGAAAGAGAAGCAAAGCAACCAACCAGCGACUCCCGCUGCUUGCUUUUCGCCGAGUUCCCCUCUGCCUCCGUUGCCGAUCGAGGAAGAAGAUGGGGCGCGUCUCCCUCGCGCUCUCGCUGGCGCUGCUCGUCGUCCUCUCCGCCGUAGCUGGCCCGCAGCUAGCUGGAGCUGCCAAGGGAGACGGUUCUCUAAGAAUCAUCCAGAAAGACAUCAUUCAGACGAUCAACGAGCAUCCCAAUGCUGGGUGGACUGCUGGACACAACCCCUACUUCGCGGAUUAUACUAUUGAGCAGUUUAAGCAUAUCCUGGGGGUGAAGCCCACACCUCCAGCUUUGCUAGCUGGUGUUCCAACCAAAACUCAUUCAAAGUCAAUAGAUCUCCCAAAGGAGUUUGACGCUAGAUCUCAAUGGCCUGCUUGCAGCACAAUUGGGAACAUACUUGUCUAUUCACACUACCUUAAAUUGUUGGCUCCAUGGAUGCUUACCGAACGUUGCGAGAUGCUCAAGUUAUUGUGCAUUGGUUGAUGAUGACAGGGUCACUGUGGUUCUUGUUGGGCCUUUGGCGCUGUGGAAUGUCUCCAGGAUCGUUUCUGCAUUCAUCUCAACGUGAACAUCUCACUUUCAGUCAAUGACCUAGUGUCUUGCUGUGGUUUUCUGUGUGGUCAAGGCUGUAAUGGAGGAUACCCUAUCAGCGCGUGGCGCUACUUCCGUCGGAGUGGUGUUGUGACUGACGAGUGUGAUCCAUAUUUUGAUCAAGAUGGUUGCCAGCAUCCCGGAUGUGAACCUGCUUAUAGUACACCAAAAUGUGAAAAGAAAUGCAAGGUGCAGAACCAAGUGUGGAAGCAAGAGAAGCAUUUCAGUGUUAAUGCAUACAAAGUAAAAUCUAAUCCACAUGACAUCAUGGCGGAGGUCUACACAAAUGGCCCUGUAGAAGUUGCUUUCACAGUUUAUGAGGACUUUGCACACUACAAAUCAGGAGUAUACAAGCACAUCACAGGUGGCGUGAUGGGAGGUCAUGCCGUCAAGUUGAUUGGAUGGGGAACCAGUGAUGCUGGCGAGGAUUACUGGCUUCUUGCAAAUCAGUGGAACAGAGGCUGGGGUGAUGACGGGUACUUCAAGAUCAUAAGGGGUACGAAUGAAUGUGGCAUUGAAGGAGAAGUCGUUGCUGGUAUGCCCUCGACAAAGAACAUGGAUAUAACCUACGACGGCGGCUCUGGAACGGCUACACUUUGAACAGCGCCCUGGUCUCAGAUGCAGGUGGAAUUACUAGCUAUUUGCAUGUCAAAUGAAGCGUUUAAAUUAGCUUUGAUGGUUCCUGGAUUGUGUAUUGUGUAGUCUGUACAGUAGCACAUGAUCCCAAUGCUGAUAUGUUGUAACACUUGCUCAGAAACAAAAUGGAUUAAUAUCAAUAAAAAUAUGUUCCUCUUUGGUUUUCCAA